AUGGGACAAGGACAGGGGAAAAAUCGGCUUAUCGUUCACGGAACGAAUGAAUUCUUAAUAGAAAAGAAACAGAAAUUUUCUCUGAUUAACAUAAAAAAUUCUGCACACAUUAAGGACAUAUACAACGGGCCAAAUAACCUAAUAAUUAUAUACGAAAAUGACGACUUUGAAAUUGUGGGGUUAAAUAAUUAUGGGCAGCUGGGUCUGGGCGAUAAAACGAAUAGAAUCAAAUUGACGAUGAACCCAAUUUUGUCCAAACAGAAAGUACGAAAGGUGUCAUGUGGGUAUGAACACAUCAUUGCCUUAAUGUGUAACCACAACGUUUUUGUGUGGGGAAAUAAUAAGUAUGGCCAAUUAGGCAUCGGAAAUACCACGGAUGAGAUUUCUAUGCCACUGCUCAUUUACUUUCAAGAAAAAGUCAUAGACAUUGCGUGUGGCAAAAAUCACUCCCUUUUUUUAACCGAAUGUGAAGAUGGAAAUGGCGAGGGUCACUUGGGUGCAUCCAAGGUGAACGUGAGGGAAGAAGGGGGGACAUCCCCCUGCAUGAUGAAGGGGAAAAAGGAAGUGGGGUCUGGCUGCCUCAACGGACUUGACAUAAAUAUUAAUGAUGGGGACGUGGGCAGCAGCCACGACGAGGAGGGGGAAGAAGAGGGGGAAGAAGAGGGCGACGAUGAUGUUGCGGAUGAAAGUGCGAACUACUGCGACGAUUCCCGUGAUGACUCCCGUGAUGACUCCCGUGAUGACCGCCCCAACGGCCACAUCCUCGCCUGCGGCUGCGGGGCAGACGGAAAACUGGGCUUCAAACGUGAGGAAAACGUGUACUUCCCCAAAAAAAUCGAAUUAAAAAAAAAAAUCAAAAUUACUAGCAUAUACUCCAGCUACAACCAUAACGCCCUUCUAACGAGCAAAGGGAGGUUAUACACCUGGGGAGGUAACCAAAAUGGCGAGUUGGGCAUAAAAAGCAACAAGUCAAGUUACAAAAUUAAAAAAAUUGAUAUACCCCAAAACGACACAGUAGUGAAGGUAUCCCUGGGGAAAUUAUACUCAGCCUGUUUAACGAAAAAUCAUAUUUUUUACGUCUGGGGAAAUAACAUUCGGGGAAUUAAAAAAAUGAGCAACAUGGCCAAUGUGCACAUCAGACAUUUCUCAUGCAAUGACGAUAAUAUUAUCAUAUUGACAGAAAAUGAAAAGUUGUUUUUAUUUGAUUCAUUCAAAAAGGUGCAAUGUAUGAAUAAACUCCUGAAUACAAAAUUGGCCCAUGAUAAGAAAGGAAGCAAUAAUUUUAUUAAGUACAACUAUGUGGGAAAUGGACGCAACUAUUUAUAUGCCUACAUUAGUAUGGGCACGAAAGAUGAUGUUAACGUCAAGAAUGACCACUUUAUUGUGGGAGCAAAGUGUGAGGACCGCCAUUUGAUGGAGCGUGCGACAAGUACAACUAUUAACUUGGAAGAAAAGAAAAUAUCCUCCCCGAUGGAACAUGAAGCAAAGUCGGGACAGGUUGAAAUGACGGGAUCUCUCUCUUGUCAGAUUCAUGCGAACGAAGGUAUGGAUCUUGUGGAUUCUCUGGGGAAUGGAACCACUCAAGAUGGAGCAUCUUUUUCAGGAGCAGGAGGAGGAACAAAAAUGGGAAAUACAGAUGAUUAUGCUGUGCGGACAAAAAAGGAACUUGAAAAGGUCGAAAGGUACGAAGGUGGGGGGAGGGAUGAAAAGCGCGAAAGGUACGAAAGCGGGGGGAGGGGUGAAAAGCGCGAAAGGUACGAAGGUGGAGGGAGGGAUGAAAAGCGCGAUGGAGUAGGAGCGAGGCAAAUUGGAGUAGAAGAAAACACAUUUUCCAGAGAAAGCAAUGCAAAGGACGAAUUGGGGAAAAAACAAAUUACAGAAGAAGAGGCAUGUGCCGAUUUGCCUCUUCUUGAAGUUAAUAAGGACAGGCACCCCUUAAGAACAUUCAGCAAAUUUAGGAAAAGUAAAAACAAGGUGAGACAAAACGAUUCAUAUUUUCAGGGAACGCGCGAACGGGGGCAAAAAAGGGCAAACAAGAACAGCACUACUAAGGGUGAUAAUAUGCACCAUAAUGUACGCGAUAGUAAGAGGGACAAAAAAAAAGAAGCGAAACGCAGCAACGGUGUAGAAGAUCACCUCAUCCAAAACGUAAGAUAUAUGAAGGCAAAUUCGAUAAACAAGGAAGAUGUUACAAUGGGGGGGGACUUCAUACUAAAGCACACCGAGCACAUCAUUAACAGGAACAGGCAUGGUUUAGAUUACCUAUCACUUUGCGGCGAACUGGAGUUACACAGGGAUAGUGUUGGCCACAAAAAAGGACAGAGUGCACAAAGGGGAAAUAAACCUGGCGGUAAAUACGGAGGAGGGGGACACCCCAUGUCCACUAUUGGGGAAGAUCAAUACGCCCAGCUAAAUAUCGUCCUACUGCAGGAACUAACGAAACAGAAAAAAAUAAACAUCGUUUAUUGUCACCUGCUAAAUAGGCUCCAGAGGGAGCUAAACCAAUUGAGGGAAGAAAAAAAAAAUUUUAAGAAGAAAAUUUCGAAUCUGCAAAAAUUUGCAAAUUUAAAGCGAAAUGUAGCCCCAGAUGAAGGGCAGGAUAAUGAAGGCGUUAUUUUCCAUUCGUGCUUAGAAGGGGGGGCGAAAAAAGGUGCUUGUGCCGCUUCGUGUAAUGGUUGUGAUGGGGGGGGAAAUUACGUGCAUUUGGGGGGUGCACAUAAUGAUGACUUGGCGGACUGCGGCAAUGGUGACGAUGGAGGCAACCACGACCGCCGCUACGACCGCCGCUACGACCGCCCCUAUGACCACUGCCAUGACAACGGAAAUAACGGGGGCACCUUUUCGCUAAACCAAUCUGCGCACCUAAUAAAUUUCACAAGCGAAAACGCGCCGGGGGUCCCAAAUAACUUGCAGAUUUUGGACGAAGUAGCCCCCGAUUUGUUCCUCAAAGGGAAAGAGGACCAUAAUGAUAAACUGAACAAUAUCCCAAUUUUUUUUUUGCAUAGUUAG